UCUCGCGAGAUCGGGAGCUGUUCCCGCGCUCGGUUUGAAGCUGCGCGCGCGGAUGCCGCGGCCGUUGUUGGCUCGCGCGCGGGGCUGUGAGGGGUCGUCCCCGCAGCCGCUCCUCGGCCAUGAGAACCAGAAGGAAACUGCUGCAGGUCCAGGAAGCCUUUCAGCUGGCCCAGGAGCCUCACCAGAACCACGCGAAGCUCGUGGUGGCUCUGAAGAGCACUUAUGCUCAGUUGGAUGAUAAAGAAGACUUUAAUGAAAAAUUCAUUCACUUCCUCAAGUAUGCUAUGAUAAUCUACAGGCGGGAACCAGCAGUGGAACGAGUGAUCAAUUUUGCAGCUAGAUUUGUUACUUCAUUCUAUGAGACAGAGAAAGAGGAUGGUAAUGAGGAGGGAGAAGAUAAUUUACUUCUGAAUUAUGUGUUUAAAUUUCUGCUUGAGUCUCACAAUGCCAACAGCCAUGCAGUUAGGUUUCGAACCUGUCAGCUUGUUAAUAAGAUUUUGGGAAAUAUGCCAGAGAAUGCUGAGAUUGAUGAUGACUUAUUUGAUAAAAUUAAUGGAGCUAUGCUGAUUAGACUUGAAGAUAAAUUUCCAAGUGUGAGAAUUCAAGCUGUCUUGGCCCUGUCAAGACUUCAAGAUCCUAAGGAUAAAGACUGCCCUGUUGUUAAUAUUUACAGCAUGUUGCUUGAAAAUGAUUUAAACUCAGAGGUGAGACGUGCCGUGCUGUCAUGUAUCGCUCCCUCAGAAAGGACUUUGCCAAAAAUUGUAGGCCGCACCAUGGAUGUAAAGGAGGCUGUCAGAAAGCUGGCAUAUGAGGUUUUGGCCGAAAAAGUUCACAUGAGAGCUCUGACAAUAGCACAGAGAGUUAAAUUGUUGCAACAAGGACUUAAUGACAGAUCUGAUGCUGUUAAGGAGGUAGUGAAGAAGAAGCUACUUCAAGCCUGGUUGCAAGUCACUGAAGGGGAUGUUUUAGAAUUGCUUCAUAGACUGGAUGUAGAAAACUGCCCAGAAGUGGCCAUCCCAGUAUUAAAUGCUAUGUUUUCAUUAUCUCCACUUCAUGACAUUGUUCAGGCCUGUAAAAACCUUGAUAGCAGAAAGCUGAUUCCAGUGGAGGAUUUAACAGCUGAGAAUGUGUUAUAUUGGAGAUGUCUUUGUGCAUAUCUAAAAUCUAAAGGUGAAGAAGGUGAAGUUUUACUAGACCAAGUGUUGCCAGAACCAGCUAUAUACGCAGAUUAUUUAUUGAGUUAUCUUCAAAAUAUGCCAAUUCUCACUGAAGAACGAAAAGAAGACUUUAAUUGUUUUGAAAAUCUGAUGACAAAAGAAUUCAUAGGCCAGCAACUGAUUCUAAUCAUAGGCUGCAUGGAUACCAUGGAAGAGGGAGGAAGAAAGCAUCUGCUAGUUAUUUUACAAAAGAUUCUCAUUUUACCUUCAACUUCAGCAGCACUUACACCUCUGCUUGUUGAAAGAUUGUUCAGUAUUGUUAAGGAUGAGAACAGAAGGAUUCAAAUUAUUGCAGAAAUUAUAUCAGAAGUUCGUGAGCCAAUUGUUGCAAUUGACCAGCCUAUUGAUGCUGCUGAAAUAAGAAAGCGGGAGCUUAAGCUGGCUGAAAUAAAAGUGAAACUUUUUGAAGCAAAACAAGCUUUGGAAGAAUGCAUUACUCUGCAGGAUUUUAAUAGAGCAUCAGUAUUAAAAGAGAAAAUAACUGAGUUGGAACACACAAAAAAUGAUCUGAUAAAAACAGCAGAGCAACCUGAAAUUAAAGAAAUGCGUGUGGAGAAGAAUGAUCCUGAAACACUGUUGAAAUGUCUGAAGAUGUGCUAUGAGGUUCUGAAGAUCAUGUCUCUUUCUAAAGGAAUCAGUCCAACCAUUAAUGAAACCAUUCAUUCUCUGAUACUUCCAGGUGUAACUAAUGUCCACCCAGCUGUGAGAAAUAUGGCAGUUCUGUGCUUGGGUUGCUGUACUCUUCACAACAAAGAAUUUGCCCAACAACAGCUUCUGUUGCUGUUUCAGGUUUUACAAAUAGAUAACAUAAAGAUAAAGCUCAGUGCUUUAAAGGCAAUCUUUGAUCAACUAAUGCUUUUUGGAAUUGAGCAUUUUAAAACUGGAAGAGGCAAUGACUCUCAAAGUGAAAGUGCACACAUUAGAACUGAAAAUGGUGAGGAUGAAAGUGAAACAAUGGAAAAGGAAGAGGAGAUUGCCACAUUUCACAGCCUUCUGAACUUUCUCUCCGGCUUCUUAGACAGCGAGUAUUCAGAACUGAGGACAGGAGCUGCAGAAGGCAUUGCCAAACUGAUGUUCUCUAAGAGGCUGAUCAGUACCAAGCUCCUUUCUCGUCUCGUUUUGAUGUGGUAUAAUCCCUUGACUGAACAGGAUACUCGGCUCCGACACUGCCUGGGAGUUUUCUUCCCUUUAUUUGCUUAUGCAAAUAGGUCUAACCAGGAGUGCUUUGAAGAAGCCUAUCUUCCAACUCUGCAAACACUGUUAAAUGCUCCUGCAACAUCACCUUUGGCUGAAGUAGACGUCAGUAAUGUUUCUGAACUGUUAGUGGACCUGACCAGACCAAGUGGACUGAAAUAUCAGUCCAGGAAGUCUCAGGACUAUCAGGAGUUAACAGUGCAUGAUACUUUAGCCAUGAAAAUUUGCAAUGAAAUCCUGGUAGACCCAACUGCACCAGAUGUCCGUAUUUAUACAAAAGCUUUAAAUUUUCUAGAACUCAGUAGUUCUUCUACAGAGAAUCUUCUGGUGCUGCUGGAUGAGAUUCAAGAGAAAGUGGAAGAUAAACCAAGUCAAAGAGCUAUUGAGAAGCUCCGUAUGAAUCUCACCAAGAAUCCUAAUGUGGGCCAAAACCACUCUGGAAGAACUGAGGAAACAGGUCUCUCUGAAAGGCCACAGGAAACAGACAUCACGUUGUCUGAAAAUACUGUUCACAAUGAAGAAGAAAAUAAUAAAGAUGCUCUUCAUACUCCAGUUAAAGAAGUUAAAGAAACUGCAAAUUUAAGAUCUACAAGAAGCAAAACUGGCAGAGGACAGCGGAAAGCGGCAGAAGUGAGGUCUGUGAGCAGAAGAAAAACUGGUGCAAGUGUAAAACGUGGUCUUGAAAGUUGUGAUCAAACUCCAGAACCAGUCCCAGUGUCAAGUUCAAGGCCUCAAAGACGAGCAAAAACUGUGGCACUGGAGAAAACUCGAAUGAAUCUUUCCAGACUGUUGAGUGAGGAAACAGAUGAGUAAAGACAAGAGAAAAAAGUGCCUUUGUCAACACUGGUAGUUAACAUCAGACUUGAAAAUAAGAUUUUUUUUUCUUGCUAGCCAUACUUACUCCUUUUAUAUGAAUCAUUUAUAAUUCUACAUUUCUCUAUUAGUUUUUUUAAAAUAGAUGCUUGUAUUUCUUGUAUUUCCUGAUAUAUUGUCUCUCAUUCAUGUAAUAAAAAUGGAUUAAAAUA